UUGAAAAUUUAGAUCUUCCAAAUAAUAUGAAUAUAGACGAUUUUGGAGAUGAAUUUGACGAUCAAGACGAUGGGAAUCUUAAUGUACCCGAACCUGACACGAUCCAAGAAUCUUUUAUGAAUGAUCAAGAUGAUAAUAGGUCUAUUGAUUCAUUGGUAACUGAGACUAUGAUGGAUGAACCAGACGGCAUUAAUGACAUGGAUGAUAUGCGACCUGAAAAUGAAAUUGAAGAACAAUUAGAAAAAAAUAAUUACGAUCCAUUAACGGAGUCUAACCAAAAUACAGUUCCUAAUAAUAACGAUCAAUCGGAAAGUAUUGAAAGAGAAAAUAAUCCUGAAGAAUCAUUCAAUAAAGAACAUCCAAAUUCUGAAAUAACUGUUGAUAAUACGUAUGGUAUUGAUGGACAAUCAGGUAAAAUGACUGAUAUCUCAGAAGAAAGGUCUUAUAAAGACUCACGAGUUGCGAAUGAGAAUAAUAAACAUGAUGAUAAUUCUACGAAUGAUAUCUACCCAAGUAACAAUGGAAAUAACAAUGAUUUGGAUAAGAACCUUAGCCAUCAGCAAGAAAAACCGAACUAUAAUUUAAAAGAUAUCAAUCCCCAUCGGAGCCUUGGUGAUGCUCUUGAACUAUGGCGCCGGCGACUUGAAAUAAUUGAUGACGAAAAUUCAAGUUCCCAACAUAAGCAAAUCAACGAUCUUCAAAGUAACAUAGAGCAGAAAUCAAACGAAAAUCAAAAUUUUGAAUUUAUAAAAGAUGAGAAUGUUGCUCACGAUCUUCAGGUGAUGGCAGCGGCUGCUGAAGAUCAAAUAAAAACGAUUGAUACCAGUGGUGACGAUUGUCAAACUUGUAAUUACGAACCUGCUUAUGAAGAUAAAGAAAUCGAAGAAGUUGAUGAAUUCACCAGUAUUCAAAAUGACAAAUCCAUUUAUGAUGACUCUAUUAAUAAAGAAGAAAUCUCAAAGGAGAUAUUAAUUUCUGAACAAGGCAGAGAACACCAAAUUGAUAAGCAAAAUCAUUCUUACGACGAAUCCGAAAUAAAAACUAUGAGUAAAUCCAGUUCGUUCCAAGAACAUUUUCCUCCAGAAGAUAUUAAUAGUUUACGACAGGAGCUUGAAAUUAAAUUAUCGGAAUGGCGACAAUCCGACCGGGAUAUUACCAAAGCAAGGGAACUCUGGCAAAAAUAUGAAAAUCUUACUUACGAUUUGGCUAAUAAUCUUUGUGAACAAUUGCGACUAAUUCUAGAGCCUACUCUUGCUGCCAAAUUAAAGGGAGAUUAUCGUACUGGAAAAAGGCUUAAUAUGAAAAAGAUUAUACCAUAUAUUGCCAGUAAUUUUCGAAAAGACAAAAUUUGGCUUCGUCGCACAAAACUAAGCAAACGGCAAUAUCAAGUUAUGAUAGCAGUCGAUGAUUCAAAAUCAAUGAGUGAAACUCAUUCGAUUCAACUCGCUUAUGAGACUUUAGCAUUGAUAUCUAAAGCAUUAUCACAGCUCGAAGUUGGUGACAUUUCCAUUGUUAGUUUCGGAGAAAGGGUGCAAUUACUUCAUUCCUUUGAUCAACCAUUUAGCAGUGAAGCAGGAGCGCAAGUUUUACAUCAAUUUACAUUUGAACAAAAUAAGACCUACGUUAGAUCUUUAAUGGAAACAUCUAUCGAACUUUUAGAAC